UUCGUCGGGUUGACUAUCAAGUUUAUCGUGCUAUAUUUUCUGUUUGUAAGAAUUAAGUUCAAUGAAAGAUAGUGAUAUCACAAAGUUUUUAGUAUCAUUUACGGGUCAAAUUGAAUAUGUUACCUUUCCUGGUGGCGUAUUUGAUGACCAACUCUAUGUACAGUUUGAAACCGUUUGGGGUCCCGACUGGGAACCUGUAUCGGGGCUUAUAUCGGGAACAAGUCAAAUGGCGCGCUCUGGGGUUGAUCCCGAGCGCGUAGUCUUGAAUUUACCUUUGGAUAUGGUAUUCAGUAGUACUAAUGUAUCAGGCUGGCCGCAGUUAAUAGUAACAGUUAGAGCUCAGAAUACCAUCAGCGGCGAUGCGUUAAGAGGCUACUCCUUAUUCCUAAUGCCGCCUACCACUGGCCUGAGCUUGACCUCGGCGCCUCUCGUGAGACCCCAAGCUGCAACAUUGCUUGGCGAUUGGUUGGCAUGGAUAACUGGUCGAUACCCCGAGUUGGCUGACCCUAAAAUGCUUGCUAGUGGGAAGGAUAACUAUCUGCUGAGAACGGAGUCAUAUGGAACAGUGACGGUAUCCUUGUCUAUGGUUUCGAAGGAUCUUCGGAAACUAGGUUAUGAUAACCAGCCGCCUGUCUGCAAAACUGUUUCUGAUGCAUGAGGGCUUAUAUUUAAUAGCUACUAGAGAA